AUGACACCCUUGCCUCACGAAGACAGUCCUCGACGACUGGAUUUUGGAAUCGUCCAGCACUGUGGCAGUCGACGAAAAGAGCUUCAGACGCUCCUGAGUUAUGUCAGCAAUCCCACAAUGGACGAUGGUACCAAUCGCCCUGCCAGCAUGUGGAUUGAAGCCGAGCCUGGAGUAGGCAAAUCAAAUCUGAUGGCGAAGUUUCGAGAUACCAUUACCACUGGUACCUGCAGCACUAGUAGUACCAUGACGAGUGAUGCUACCCAUGCCAAUACCUUGUUGGAGGCAGAUACUACUACGAAUGCUUGUGGUAAUACGAGUGAUAAUCAUCACUGCGUCCCCCCGAAUCUACCUCCCUGUGUCUGCGUCCAAGGCAAAUUUGAAGAACGAGCGGCCGCAUCCGAGCCGUUUGCCGCCUUUGGUGAAGCCAUGGGAGAGUUAGUACAAGUGUUAUUGGGAGAAUCGCCCGCCGCAUUGGAAGCUGCUUCCUGGGCCAAGGGGAUCCGGGAAGCUCUGGAUACCGAGUUGCCGUUAUUGCUAGGUAUUCUACCCAUUCUGAGGCCACUUACGGAUGGGAUUGGAAUGCGACAGGAAGAAUCCAAAACACAAGAAGAGGAGGAUCAAGAUAACCAUGAUGAUGAUGACGAUGAUCAGGAGGAUGCCUUUGGAGACUUUAGUUCCAGAGAAUGGCGGUUUGAACGAUUCCGAUUCGCCUUUCGAGGUCUGCUCCGGCAUGUCUGUCGCAGAUUACAAGAACGCAACAAUACCCAUCUAGUCCUUCUCCUGGACGAUUUGCAUUGGAUUGAUCCCGAUUCCUUGCAGAUUAUAAAGACACUGUUGGAAGAUAAACGGCGCCCACAAAACUUGCUAUUAGUGGCAGCCACCAGGCCCAUUGAUCAGUAUGAUAUUCUCCUCAAGUUCAGAGACGCUCUCUUGCGACAACAAGACGGACUCGACACUUCCAACAACACUAUUCAACCUCCACCUGCAGCCAACACAACAACACCCCUUCCCAAGUUGGUCAAAACCAUUGGAGUCACUCAUCUAUCCAUUGGAGAGAUUGAGGAAGUCCUUGUGGAGCUAUUGCAGCAGUGCUCCGGGACGACAGCGAGUAUUACCAACUUUGCAAAGCUGGUCAAGGACAAGACACAAGGCAACUUUUUUGUCGUCAUGCAGUUCUUGAGAUUACUCGAACGAUCACAUCACAUUGUCUUUGACAACGAACAGCAAAAGUGGACGUUCGACUUGGACAACAUUACCGCCGUCGAUUUCGUCUCGGAAAAUGUGUCCGAGAUGGUGGCACAGAAUAUCGAAGCAACCCAUGGACGACGCCGUUCCGCUCUCAUGGUCGCAGCGUCCUUUGGAGUCUCCCAAUUUGAUGUCUCUACCAUUGUGCAUGCCGUCACCGUCUUUGAAGAAUCCGAUGAAUCCAAAGAACCGGAUGACGAGCAGGAGGAAGAGGAAGAGAAUAUGCACGACUCCAUGUACGAGGAUCCCUAUGUUGUUUCACAACGCAUGAGUGACAUGAAGGAAGAAUUGUCUGAAGCGGCGUGUGAUGGAUUUGUAGAGGAAACUGCGCCGGGGCACUAUCGCUUUGCCCAUGAUCGGAUCCGUGAGUCGGCGUAUUCACUGUUGCCGUCGGGGGAUUCCAGAAAACAGGUCCAUUUACGAGUGGGCCGACAACUCCGAGGGUGGAUGGAUACGUCGUCGGAACUGGGUCUCACGCAAGGGUUUUCCAAAGAAUCCUUGUUGCUCCACGCGGCAAAACAGUCCAACCUCGGCGCCGAUCUCAUUGAUGAUGAAUGGGAGCUAUUGGACCUGGCGGAACUCAACUACCAAGCAGCCGAAUUGGCAGCACGAAAAGCCGCAUUCUACUCGGCCAUGGAGUACCUGCAGGUCGGAUUUUCUCAUCUGGGAGACGCAAAGAAAGCUUGGAGCAAUCACUAUGACCUGGCGCUCAAAUUCAACGUCGCCUUGGCCAGAAUGCAAUACUGCUGUGGUUUGCUCGACGAAAGCUGGGAAACUUCCGAGAUGGUCCUUCAACACGGCAAGAGCUUUCGUGACAAGAGUGGCAUGUACUUUUGUCGACUGCUAAGUCUGACGCAGCAAGAACGGGCAGACGACGCACUGAGCCUGGUUCUGGAUGUCCUGCAGAUGACGGGGAAACCAUUCCCACGCCGAUACUUGAUACUCCAUUGCAUUCGAGCAUACUUCAAAACGGCACGCUUCAUGAAGGAAACUCCUGUGGACUACUUUGUCAAUCUACCAAUUAGCAACGACGAGGACUUUCGGAUAUACGCUGCAUUCCUCGUGAAGUUGUUGGAGAUUUCAUAUUACGCUGGCUACUUGACUUACUUCUUCCUUGUGACGUGCAGAGGCCUCGAGUCGCUCGCCGAAGGGAAGGACCACAGCGUAUCAUCGUUUGACAUCAUGGGAUGGGCCAUGGUGGAAAUGUCAAUGGGAGACAUCAAGGCGGCAUCCCGUCAUUGUAAGCUUAUCGAAGCGCAAGUAGCAAAGCAUCGCCAAGCGUCACCUCUCAAUGCUGUCAGGGGAGACGUGGGCCUAUGCUCCUUUUUGCGCGUUUGGACGCAACCCAUCAGGAUUGACUUAACCUUACUGGAGGAAUCAUUCCGAAGCAUUUGGGUUUGCGGUGCUGUGGAUAUUGCUCUGUUGGAAUCCCCUCCGCUAUUUGCGCAGCUUUUUGCUUCCGGUGUUCCGCUUCCGAAGGUUGCUGGCUACUGUGACAAGUACGCUGAAGUAGCCGUUGAUUACAAGCAAAUGAUGUACUGGUACAUGAAUGCGCCAGUCUACCAAGCAGUGCUCAAUCUGCAAGGCAAUUCCGAAAACCCAUCGGUGCUGAAAGGGAACCAUAUUGCGGAAACGAAGGAAUCCUUUCUCGAAACUUGCACGAAGACUGCGAACAAACCCGCUAUCUUCCAGUUCCAGAUCUGGUCCGCUUGCAUUGCGUAUCACUUUCGAGACUAUCAACGAGCAAAGCGCUGCAUCAAGUCAAUGGGAAGCGAUCUUUUUGAAGACGGACCAAUAGUUUGGGUGCAGUAUCGUGUUUUCUAUACCGGGCUGGUCUAUUUUGCACUCUUCAAAGAGACCCGCAAGUCCAAGUACCGACGGCGAGCGUUGGCAGCACACCGCAAGCUCAAAGAUUGGGUUGCUCAGGGCGUUGUGAACUGCGAAUACAUGUGUCUACUUUUGGAAUCCGAGGACCUGUCUUCGGGCCGUAGUACGCAGCUCGCUCGCACCACUGCGGCUUACGAGGACGCCAUUCGCGUUGUGUCGGAAGCAGGCCUUUGCCACCAUCACGCCCUCGCCCAGGAGCUUGCUGGUGAUUUCCUUUAUUUGCAGGAUAAAGGGUCUUCUCCCGCCAAGCAGUAUCUGUCCGCAGCCGUGAAGCUCUAUGAGGAAUGGGGGGCAGCGGCCAAGGUUUCUGAUAUCAAGAAACGAUACACUAAUGUCGACUUGUCAGGCACCCAAGGAAAUGCCGUUCCAUAG